UUUCUUCUUUAUCUCUUUCUCUCUUUCUCACAGCGUGAACAUUAUCUGAUCUUCUUUUAAGCAUAGAUCUUGAAGAACCCAGUCCAACUGGAAAACGGCGCACACACGCGUGUCGCUCAUAGGAAUUCACAACAGCUCCAUAGUUGUCGUUUCCAUCUCCAAUUUCCCUUCUUCACAAUUAGAUUUUUUGCUUUGCUUUCAACAUUGGGAGGUAUAGUAUUCAAUUGAUUCAUUGUGCGACGAAUUUGAUGAAUUCAAGUUCAAGAUAUAGUUUUUAGUUGAAUCCAUGAUCUGGGUUUGUGAAAAUUUGGAAUUUUAAAUUGUGGGUAUGAAGUAGUUUGGUUUGGUAUGUGAUGAAUUUGAGAAAUUGAAGUUCAAGAUCAAGUUUUUACUUGAAUUCAUAUACUGGGUUUGUGAAAUCUAAGAAUUUUACAUUGUGAGGAUAAAGGGUUUGGUGUGUUUUAAACAUGGGUGCUAAUUUUUCAUCAUGUGUAUGUGAUGAUGGGGGUUCUAGUUCUAUGAGGCCAAGGCUUGGGGAUAUACCUGAGAGUUGUGUGGCAUUGGUGUUGAUGUAUUUGGAUCCGCCGGAUAUAUGUAAGCUAGCGCGGUUGAAUAGGGCGUUUCGCGAUGCUUCUUUUGCUGAUUUUGUUUGGGAAUCGAAGUUGCCUUUGAAUUAUAAGUUCAUCAUGGGAAAAGCUUUGGAGGAUGAUGAUACUACUAGUUCUGUUGCUGAAUUGGGGAUGAGGGAUAUUUAUGCUAGACUUUGCAAGCAUAACUUGUUUGACAAUGGAACCAAGGAAAUUUGGCUAGAUAAGAGGACUGGUGGGGUUUGUUUGGAAAUUUCUUCCAAAGCGUUAAGGAUUACGGGGAUAGAUGAUCGCAGAUAUUGGAAUCACAUUUCGACUGAAGAGUCAAGGUUCCACACAGUUGCUUAUCUUCAUCAAAUUUGGUGGCUUGAAGUGGAAGGAGACAUUGAUUUCCAAUUUCCAGAAGGGACAUACAGUGUGUACUUCAGACUUCACCUUGGCAGGUCAUCCAAGAAGCUCGGUCGUCGAGUUUGUAAGACCGAGCACAUCCAUGGAUGGGACAUGAAACCUGCCAAGUUUCAGCUUACAACUUCUGACAGUCAACGCGCUGUAUCCCAUACUCAUUUGGAUAAUCCAGGCCACUGGAUCCUCUACCAUGUAGGAAACUUUGUGUCUAAGAGUUCAAAUGAUUUGAUGAAUGUCAAGUUUUCGUUGACUCAGAUAGAUUGUACUCAUACGAAAGGUGGUUUGUGUGUCGACUCUGUGCUUAUAUGCAACAGUAAUGUAAAAAUAGAAAUGUAAAUUGUUUUUGUAGAUAGGAAAACUCAGUCACCUGAGUUGAAGUUGUGAUUUUGGUCGCGUAUGGAGAAGCGGAAGUGAUAUUUACGGAUAUAGUCCAUAAAAGGCUUCCGAAUUUAGAUGUUUUGUUUCUUUGAUAAGAUAAAGUUUCAAGCCGGAAUCGAGGUGUGACUUGUCUAUGUAUUGUUUUGUUAAUAUUGGAAAUUGAUUGUUGUGUUUUUUCAAA